GCUUGUUGUUGCUCUGUCUUGAAUCGCUCGCUUGUUGUGGAAGGAAGCGGCUAGUUCUGUUAGCCUCGUUAGCUUUGAGUGUGUUUAGACGAUAGUUUACUGUAGUUAUUUGUUCCUCCGGUGGUUUCCAUCAUGGCGUACCAGCUGUACAGGAACACCACGCUGGGAAACAGCCUCCAGGAGAGUCUGGACGAGCUCAUACAGACUCAGCAGAUCACUCCUCAGCUGGCUCUUCAGGUCCUCCUUCAGUUUGAUAAAGCAAUCAACACGGCGCUCGCCAGUCGGGUCCGCAACAGAGUUAACUUCAGGGGCUCCCUGAACACCUACAGGUUCUGUGACAACGUGUGGACGUUUGUCCUCAACGACGUGGAGUUCAGGGAGGUGACGGACCUCGUGAAGGUCGACAAGGUUAAAAUUGUUGCUUGUGACGGAAAGAGCGAGUCAACUCAAAACAAAAUGGAUAAAUGACUCCAGAGUGAUGACUGUCUCUUCACGUGUUCUGAUGGAGUCACAGAUGGACCUGGACUGUACAUAUAAUUUAUUACAGCAGAGUCACAGCUGAGAACUGUGUGUGUGUGUGUGUGUGUGUGUGUGUGUGUGUGUGUGUGUGUGUGUGUGUGUGUGUGUGUGUGUCAGAGUGGACCAGUCACUGUAUCUGCAGCAUGUUUUUUUUUUAUCAUCAGUUUACAGGAGGUUUGUGUUCAGUUUGCUGUUGUCAUUGAGCUGGAUCAUCUUUAAUAAAAACUUUAUUUAAAACACA